UUUAGUUCACAACAAGCAAAUCUCUGAAAUGUUCUCCAAAGUGGUAGUUCUGUGUGCGUUUGUGGCAGUAGCCCGCGCUGGCCUGCUGGCCGCCCCCGCCCACUACUCGCCCGCCGGGGCCGUUUCCUCACAGAGCAUCGUGCGCCACGAUCAGCCCAAGGCUGUGGCUGCCAAGCUGGUGGCCGCCGCCCCCGUCUAUCACGCCGCACCCGCUGCCGUCGCCUACCACACUGCCCCCGCCGCCGUAGCCUACCACGCUGCCCCCGCCCCCGUCGCCUACCACGCUGCUCCCGUCGCCAAGAUCUUGGCUCACCAAGAGGAAAUCGCGUACCCCAAAUAUGAGUACACGUACUCUGUGGCUGACGGGCACACCGGCGACAACAAGUCCCAGCAGGAGUCCCGCGACGGCGACGUGGUGAAGGGCUCGUACUCGUUCCACGAAGCUGACGGCUCCGUGCGCACCGUGGAGUACACAGCUGACGAUCACAGCGGGUUCAACGCCGUCGUACACAACACCGCCCCCACCGCCGCACCCGCCCUUAUCAAGGCCGCCCCGGUGCUGCUCAAGAGCCCCGCCCUCCAGUAUUAUCACCACUAGACUGAAUCCAGACCCUAAAUAAUAUGUUGAUGACAAAUAGUUAAUUUAUUUAUUGCAAUAUACAGACGAUUAAGAUCGAU